CUGAGUGCAAAGAUGGCGGGCGCUUCCGACCCUCUGGAAGAUAUGCUGUUCUCCGAGGUGGACGAAAAAGCCGUUAGCGAUCUUGUGGGCUCGCUAGAGUCAGAACUAACUGGCCAAAGCAACCCAGCAGCUCCCAACACAGAAAUCAGGAGCACUGCAGCCGCCGGCGCCGCUAACCACCACUUAGGAAGAAUGCUACCUGUCCAAGUGGGUACUAUACUACAGCAACAGCAGCAACAACAACAACAACAAGGACAGCAUAAAGCUGUGCUAAACCAGGAGCCCAGCUGCAAAGCACUUAGCUCCGGGAAAACUGUGAUACCGUCUUCUCUUAGUUCCAUUCCGCCCUUUGAAGGGGCUUCCAUCACUUCUGGGACCGGGGUAAACGCGAAUAGUAGCGGUUUACAAUCACAUGGAGCAUCUAAUAUUACAGCACUGGCUGCACCUGGUUUAACUUUGCCACCUCCGCUGGUGAGCAUUAACCCUGCCAACAGGAGCUCUGUUUUGGGGCUGGCAGGAGCAACGACGACAGGAGCAGCAGCAACAGAUCCUUUGAAAAACCACAUUGCUUCAACCAUAAGGACUGCUCCACCAGGGAUACAGAGUUUAAACGGGAACGGAGGAGUUGUCGUGAACUCUCCUGCCAGUGUACAUUUUUCUACCGGUGGCGGUACAGUACAGCUCCUUAAUAACGUAGUAAACUCCGUUGCUAGUACCAGUAGUACCGUUAAUUCUAAUUUGACUGUGGCAUCUAGUGUAAAUACUACCGCUUUUAGUGCAACACAAACUGUGUUCCCUGCUGGUCAAGCCGACCGGGCAGGCACUCCUACAAUAGCGCUACAGAGACCUCCUUCAAGCCACAUAACGAACAUUGCACAGAACGGGAAUGGUACUGCAACUUCUACUUUGAUCCAGUCUGGUGCAAGGGCAGGUACCCCUGCAGCUGCAGGAACGCAACUAGUAAACCAUAAGAGUGCGGAUGCCAGCGGUAUUCCUAAAACAGACUCUCCAGCACAGUCUAAGAUCGUUAUGCCAAGUCAACCGUGUGUUGUGAAUUCAUUAAUGAACCCUACCACUUCUGCACCUGUAAUGAACCCACCCACGAGUCAGCCACACAGUUCAAUAGCGAACUCCGUGCCCGCAGUAAGCAGUGCUGUUUCUCUGAACGCCGUGGCUAAGCCUGCUACUGUGAACAUUGUAGGACCGCCAGUUGGAGCCCCUGUCGGAGUGGUCAGACCUGGUACCCCGUCACCUUCACAGGUUAUGCCCACUCCUGCUCAUCCUCAGCAGCCUCGACCCGGAGUGAGUGCACCUCAGCAGAGGCUUGUAGCUCCACAGCUGAUUGUCAGACCACCUCAACAGACCACUAUUCAGCUGCCUUCUGGAUUUACUAUUCCACAGGGAAUGGUUCUGGUACGGACGGAGACUGGUCAGCUGGUCAUGGUUCCUCAGCAAGCGCUGGCCCAGGCCCAGGCUCAUGCUCAAGCCCAAGCUCAAGCUCAGGCUCAAGCUCAGGCUCAAGCUCAGGCUCAAGCUCAGGCUCAGGCUCAAAACAGCAUCUCUCCCAGACCAUCUGCACCCACCAGCGGACCCACCUUCCGACUGGCAACAACGCAGCUGUCUGUGGCACCUCCAACAAUCAGACCAGGACAUCCAGUGCAAACUAAAAUUGUUCAGCCCCCCGUGACGCCUGUUAGCGCUCCUUCUAAUCCUGUCUUGCAAGCGUCCUUAUCUCCAGCACCUGCAUCAAAACCAUCUACAGCAUCAGUGGUAGCCGUGACUGCAGCAGCAGGAAGUGCACCCCAGCAGCCAGUGACUGUGAUCACAGGAGGGCAGAAUCCACCCCAGGCCCAGCCCCAGCCCCAGCCCCAGCCAGCCCCACAGCCUCUUCCAGCCCAGCCUGCAGCGCAAAUACCAGGAGCAACCCCGGGAAUCCCUGGCUCUCCCGCUGCCGGAGUGUCCGUCAUUUCCCAGGAAAUGCAAGAAAAUGUGAAGAAGUGCAAGAACUUCUUAGCCACCCUAAUCAAACUUGCAUCUCAUAAUUCACCAUCUCCAGAAACCUCCCGGAAUGUGAAGGCACUUGUGCAAGAUUUGCUGGAUGCAAAAAUUGAACCUGAAGAAUUCACCAAUCGACUGCAGACAGAGUUAAAAUCAUCUCCACAACCCUACUUGGUUCCUUUCCUUAAGAAAAGUCUACCUGCCUUGAGGCUGUCGCUGUUGAAUAGUCAGCAAUCUCUGAUACAAACCCAACAGCCUGCACAGCUUCAGCAAGCAAAACCAACACCGAGUUCCCAGCCUGUUUCCCUGUCUACGGGGACUGUUCCCACCAUUGCAGGAGGCCCAACUGUGAAGAUAAGUCAGCCGAACACCACCACCACCACCAGUUUGCCAAAUGUUUUGCAACACACGCAAGUGGGUGUGCACAGCCACAGUUCUCCUCUGACUAUUAAAAGGCAACCUGGUCUACAAACAACUCCAAGAAUGCCGAUGGUGAUCACACAGAGCAUCAGAACCCAAGGCACAGUAGGGAAGGCACCAGUAAUACAAGCAAGUAAAGGUCCUGGGGGCUUUGCUGUUCAGGUCUCUGCAAAUCAGAAAAACAAGCUCAAUGACCCUGGGGGUGGUUCUUUCAGGGAUGAUGAUGAUAUUAAUGAUGUGGCUUCUAUGGCGGGAGUUAAUCUGAAUGAGGAAAGUGCCCGAAUCCUGGCGACGAACUCUGAUUUGGUGGGAACCCAAAUCCGAUCGUGUAAAGAUGAAGCGUUCAUUCCUCCUGGGCUGUUACAUAAACGAAUACUAGAAACAGCUAAAAAGUUUGGAGUUACUGAAGUACCAGUUGAUGCUGUCAACUUCAUCUCCCAUGCAACACAGGAAAGGUUAAGAACAGUGCUGGAGAAAGUGACUAUAAUUGCACAACACAGAAUGGAGACGUGUAAAGAUGACGAAUGGCUUGAACAAGGCUCAGACGUCCGGUCGCAGUUGAAGUUCUUCGAGCAGUUGGAACGGCUUGAAAAGCAGAGGAAAGAUGAGCAGGAGAGGGAGAUCUUACUGAAAGCUGCUAAGAGUCGCUCAAGGCAAGAAGACCCAGAGCAAGCUCGACUGAAACAAAAAGCUAAGGAGAUGCAACAACAAGAGCUUGCGCAGAUGAGGCAAAGAGAUGCUAACUUGACUGCACUGGCAGCUAUUGGUCCACGAAAGAAACGUAAGCUUGAUUCCCCUGGAGCUGCUGCAGCAGGUGCUGAGGUUUCAGGAAGUUCAAGUGGGUCUCCAUCUGGGUCGGCUGCAUCUUCUUCCCGACAGUACUCAAGGCAGAGGAUCACUCGAGUAAACCUCAGGGACUUCAUCUUCUAUAUGGAAGAGGAACGAGAAACAAGCCACUCUCUCCUGCUCUACAGGGCUCUGCUGAAAUAGUGCAAAAUGCUUUGUUGUUCUUCCAUGCGUUUUGUUAGGGUAUCUCCUGUUUUUUUUUUCUGUCUUUCUUGCAAUGUGCCUUUGAUUUAGGCUUUAUUGCUAUGUCUGUUGUAACCAAUGCUUUUACAGUUUUUAGAUUCUGUAAUUCUCAACACUUGUAGCUUGAAAAAGAGUGGAAAAGGAUUGUUUGGUGUGCACAUGAAUUUAUCCUUUUGAACCCAAACAAUACAUUUACUUAGAGAACAGCUGUAACAUACUAUGUUAUAGCCUGUUUGUGUCCCAGGCUUUUUUUUUUUUUUUUUUUUUGAGCCAUUGAAUUUUACUUGAAUGAGUUUACUUUAAAAACUAAAAUCAUUUACUAAAUCAUAUGAUCAGGCACUGUUGCGGAAUUUGGGAGCAAAAAAGCAACACAAAUCCUCAAUAGAUUGUAAAAUAUAUAUUUUUUAAUGUUCAUGUCAUUUUAUAUCAACUGAAGAAGUCAGUUUUCAUUGCACCCUUUUGCAUGGCUUUUUGGAGCUUCUUGCUUCUGUGCAACUGCUGUCUGUUGUUAAACGUCCCAUUUUGUAAUUUUAUUUGUUUAAUGGCUGGCUGUUCCAGGUGAUUUUUUCGAAAGAAAUAUGUAUCGAAGGGUUUUUAAAGCAAUUUCAGUUUUAAAUGUGUUAUUAAAAUAAAUAAAUAAAUAAACGCUGUGUUACUCGAAUCACCUGUCUUGUUUUAAGCAUAAAGCAGUAUUGUCUGUAACUGGGAAAUUAGUUUUAUAAUUUAUGUUUUCCUGCUUUCCUAUGUUUUUAUGCUUGCCACUUUUUUGAGGCAACAGUUUUAUCUCAGCAAAGUCUCAUAGCAAAAAACAAAAACAAAAAAAAGCACAAAUAGAAUUUUGUCCAAUUGUUUAAAACAAUUAUUUUAAUAAUUAUUUGUAUUGUUUCUGAUACAUGAGCAGAGGGGCAUUUCUACUACUUCUGCUUUUUAGCCAAAAUAUUAUUGGGAAGGAAUUAGUGAAUUAAACAGAUGGAAAUCAUGUUUUAAUGUAUCAAUAAUUUGUACAUAUUGUUUACAAAGACCAUGUGUUUAUUAGAAUUACGUUAUUUUUGGUAAACUCUGUACAUAUUAUGAAAUUUUCCCGUUUGUGUGAAAAGCAUACUUCUGUAUUUGUACCUAUUUUGUAAAGGAAUAAAGAAGCUGUUUACUAAACUAAACCUGUGUUCUUUAAAACCG